GCCGAUUCCUACUCGAGUCGCCCCCGCGUGCGGACCUGUUCCCGCGUCACGGUUCGCUCACACGAAAUCGCACCCUCAGCGCAUCGACGCCGUACGUGAGCCGCGAGCAGUGUAGCCGCGCCGCGUCUCUCUCCACAUUCCCUCGGGCCACAUUUUAAAACUCCGAUAGCUUUGUUCCGUUGCUCCUAUAAACUUUACCAUUGUUACCGGUCUUCACUCUCAACCAAAGGCGAUACGAAAAGAAAAUAAGAAACGAAAUAAAAUACUCGGAGAAAUAUUUUUAGUGUCCAACUAUUAGUGUGAUGGAGUACGCGUGUGCAUACUUUCCCGGAGGGUAGUCUGAACAUUGCACGAAAAGGUUGACUCAAGCGGUAUUCGUUUGAAUAAUAUGUAAGACGUCACUCACCGGUGACGACAUACGGACAGCAGUUGCACUCGGUGUAAUCUCCCGCUGGUCUAGAGAAUCGAAGAGCGAAGAUGGGCAAGAAAAACUCAAAACUAAAGCAAGACACAAUCGACCGACUGACAAAUGCGACAUACUUUACUGAAAAGGAAAUAAGACUCUGGCACAAAGGAUUUCUGAAGGAUUGUCCAAACGGCUUGCUGACUGAACAGGGCUUUAUAAAGAUCUACAAACAAUUCUUUCCUCAAGGUGACCCGAGCAAGUUUGCGUCGCUAGUUUUUCGAGUAUUCGAUGAAAACAAUGACGGGUCCAUUGAGUUUGAAGAGUUUAUACGAGCUCUGUCGGUGACGUCACGGGGAAAUCUAGACGAGAAGUUGCACUGGGCCUUCCGUCUGUACGAUGUCGACAACGAUGGAUAUAUAACAAGGGAUGAAAUGUACAACAUAGUGGACGCGAUCUACCAAAUGGUGGGACAAACACCACAACCCGAAGACGAGAACACCCCACAGAAGCGCGUUGAUAAAAUCUUCGAUCAAAUGGAUAAGAAUCAUGACGAUCGCCUUACGCUUGAGGAGUUCCGCGAAGGGAGCAAGGCUGACCCGCGCAUUGUUCAGGCACUCUCUCUUGGGGGCGAUUAAUCGACGGUCAUCCUCUCGCCGGAAUUCUCAUUCUCGUCAGACAUCUAAACUACCCCCUUACUCAUCUAAUAAAGGGGUAUAUACUCGUAGUAUGCUCAUUAUCCCCUAUUAUACUUAAUUAUUAUAUUGAAAUUAAUUUUGUAUGCUUGAUAUUUAUUAUUUGCCAAUGUGAAUUCGAAAAGGGCGAGCGAUAGUUGAUUGGUAUCACAUAAGGUUUUUGGAAACCUCGAACCGUUUGCGCUAACCUACGUUAGCUAAUCCUAGGUUAGGUAGGUUUAAGCAGUACCUUAUAUUGUGUUUUAAAAAGUUAAAAACAUAUGUGUAUCCUGUAUUGUUUUUUUUUUUAAGAAUAUUUGCCAUAUCUUUAAUACAAUAUUUCAAUAUGGCCAAUAUUUCCAUUCCCCUCUAACUAGUUGGGAAAGACUGUAUUAGGAGUGGGUACGACAAUAGACCAACGGGCGGGGAUCGAACCACCACCCCUCGGUGAUGAGUCCGACCGCUUCUACCGUUGAGUUAUUGAGGCUCUGAAUUAAAAAACAAGUCAAUUUUAAAUGACAAGUGCCUAGUCAAUUAAUUUGGGCGACUGAGAGUAGUUUGUAUAAAAAUUGUAUCUUGGAUAUUCACCUAGAUAAACUUGAAACCUCUUUCCAUCGUACCCAAUAUUCACGUAACCUCGUUUCUUUCGUUUCUUAAUUUAAUAUUAUAUUAUUGCAUAGAUAUAUAGCGGCAACAAAUACCUAUAUUAAAUACUACUUUUAGUUUAGCAACAGAACAUAAAUCUUAAGAGGUAAUAAUAUCAAUUGAUACUGUAAGUAUGGAAUGAAACAGAAAUAAAAGCACGACUCACAAAACACGACUUCAAAAGUACUAAAAGUAAAAAAGGCGAUUGAAAUAAAUAAAUAAAUUCGAUUGAAAAAGAACGAGACUUGUCAAAACUUACAAACGUAAUAAAUAAAAUAAAUGCCUACUUAAAUGGUUCAUCUUACAAGAACCGUAUGGUGUUAGGAUUCUGAUUCGUCAACAUUUUAACCUAAGUAAUCCAUUAAAAACCUCGCAUUAAAUUUCAUGUUGGCAAAUUCCCUUAACAUACGCAAUACGAGUGGCCCAGUCACUUGACUUUAAGAACAUUAUGUUUAAUUAGUUGUAUAGAAAUUAAAAAUGAUUUACUUAACUACCUUAAUAGUAAUGAGAUAAUCACAUCCGCGCGAGAGUACGACCAUCGGCUAAAACGCCUUACAGAAGUUUUACGAAUCAUUAGACUUCUAUAACUCAUAAUCAUACGGCAGUACAGCCAUUAAUGCAGUUGCUCAAAAUAAAGACGACAAUUUAGCGGAAACAAGUAAUUUGUGUCGUUCGAAAAACUUUCUAUUACAAAUUAAGUAUGACUAUGAAAGUAGAACGAUAUUUAUUAAUUCAUUCCGCCCUAAUACAUUUCACGUAAUUAAAGGACAUACCUACUGCAUACGCAUAGCCAAUAUUUAAACUGUAUACCUACCUAAACAAACCGUUGGUGGAAGAGUACAAUUAUUCAAACAUAGGUGUACAUCUAAUCGUAAAAUUAUAAAAUAUAUUCAUCCAACACACAUGCAACUACAAUUCAGAUUGAUAAUUAACUCUUCAUUCUAGAUCGGUAACUACUCAUAACGUAGAUCAGCGUUCUAAGUCUUCAUCAAAUUAAUGAGAAAAAAAUCAUCUAAGAAUAUUUUGUUACAAAUGUUCCCAAACGAUUGUUAAAUGUUGAUUAAUAUUAGGUUUUUAAGACUUACGCCCCAUUAAAGUAACGUUAAAUUUGUAUUUUGGGACAAUAUAAAUUAAAAAUAAAGAAAUUUUGGUAUUAUUAACAAACGUUUUGGGUUUUUACAGCCCCAUAGUUACUAAUUAAUGUAAUUAUCUCACGACUGCUGUUUCGUGGCAAAGCCCAGUGGUUUUGGUCGUGACGAUAAUUAUUAUUUAUUAAAGCAAAAAGUUUUUAAAGUAACAGAGUAAAUCAGCAUUAAUGUUAAAACUGUAUAAAAAUUGUUAUUAAAUAUUAAAAAAAAUAAUACCAAUAUUAUGGUUAUUAUGUUGAACAGCAGUCUAUAAAAUAAUAUGGACUUAAAUAAUAAUUAAGAAUUAAUAGUCUUUGAUCGCCGAGUUACCAUUAUACCUACUAUAGGAUAAAAAGUGUGGUAGGUAGAUAAGUAGAAUACCUAUCCACUGAACAGUUAAGUAGAUUACAUAGAAGUUGCACAUUCUUUACCCUGCUUUCUUGAGCUACUUUCUUAUCUCUAUUACUGUAAGCCAUCACUUAGGUACAAGUUAAAAUAUUUGUAAAACUGAUAUUUUUACAUGUUUAUGUUUCAAACUAAUAAUAUUUAAAAAAAAUUACACUACGCACUUAAAAAUUGUGAUAGAUGAUUGACUACAGCAAAAUUUAAAAUUAAUGUUUUUUUUUAUUAUUAUUAUUUAUCAGUGCACGUGUCGUAGUACUUUUUUCAGUAGGUACAUAUAUUUUUACAAUUUACACCACCGAGGAAAGGAUAAAUCAAACGGAUUGUAUAGAAAAAAAAUUAUGUAUUGAUGUAAUGUAUAAAAGCAUUCGCGAAGUACACAAUUUAAUUUCCGUCUGAGGAACAAUAAGUAUCUACUCGUAAGUUUAUUAUUCUAUUUCUAUCGGUAGGUACUUAAUCUCGUAGAUACGAAGUGCCUCAACAAAGACGGAAGCGAUACGGUUUCCGAUUUUGGGCGUUUCUUAAAUUAUUAUCUUUCGUGACUUAGUCAAAGCAGUUCUUAUUGUCUUCUUAAAUCUGACGCGUUCAUACAUGCGUUUAUUCAGCGUAUAAUUAUGUUUGUCGAACGAAGCAGCACAGGCACCACGACUAUGAUAUAAAUGAACGCUGACUUCUUUAGGUAAUAGCGGGUAUAGGUUCCCGUUAUGCUGGCAUCGUUCAAACUUUAUGAGGUAGCCUGCGUAAGCAACUCAACGCAAUGCCACACUACUCUAUAUCGUACUUUAUCUACAUAUAUAAAAAUGAGUUCAUAUAUCCCUUGGUCACGCCAUGACGCGUGAACGGCUGAACCGAAUUCACAAUUUUUUUUCGAUGUGUUUGUUAUUGUCAGGACAAGGUUCUUAUGAAAGAAAAUAUAAAGAAAUGGGUAAGAGUAGGGUAGGGGACAAGGUAAAGGUAGUUGAAAGUUUACAUUGAGCUGCACGCGCACGAAGUCGCGGACGUCAUGGUCGUCAUGUCCAGGUCUGGCUGGUGGCAGGCUUCGGCCGUGCCUAGUUACCACCCUACCGACAAAGACGUACCGCCAAGCGAUUUAGCUUUCCGGUACGAUGUCGUGUAGAAACCGAAAGGGGUGUAGAUUUUCAUCCUCCUCUUAACAAGUUAGCCCGCUUCCAACUUAGAUCGCAUCGUCACUUACCAUCAGAUGAGAUUGCAGUCAAGGGCUAACUUGUAAAGAAUAUAAAAAAAAGUCCUCAAGUUUUUAAUAAAAUCGCGAUCGUCGCUUACGCAGGCUCCUUUAAGCCGCGACGAAACGACAAUUGCGUCGCAUCUACACAUAUUCGGUCGACGAAAGUCUACUUUAAAGACAUCUCGUAAUUAUAACUAUUACUAAUCUCAGAGCACCCUUGAACAAAAAUGGUAAACCGUUUAUGCACCUUGAUAGGUUUGGCGAACAUAUAUAAUUUGUCUUUAGGAAAGUUGUUUUGUUUACAUUCCCAAAACGAACUAGACUAGGAAAUUGUUUGGGCUGUGCAUUUGGUAUAGAAUUUAAGUAUGUAUUUGGACUUGCAUUACAUACUCCGAGAUGCGAGUAGUUGCAUAAUGGAGAAUGAAACGUACCUAUGCUUAAUAACAUAGGCUUUCCAAAAUUUUAGGCUUAUCUUUUCAUUGUUUCGAAUAGAAUUUUCAAAUAAUGCAAACUUUUCAACAGUUUUGAAAGUAUUUUAUUACUAUUAUUUUAAUAAGUCAAAGAAGACGCGAUUAAGUUUUAAGAACGUAUCUAAAGUUUUUAAUACAACUAUAACUGAAAACUUUACAAUUCAUAUACAUAUACUUUAAAACUAGAGAAAGGAAGGCAUUAAUUAGAAAUCGUAAACAAAAAUCAAAUCUAAAGUUUCACAUUUUAUGAUACAUAUUUAAAAUGAAAUAGGGUUAAUUGUCCUAUAUCCAUCCAUUGUCUUUAAAUCGUCUACUGUAUUGCACCUAGGAGAAAGUACUUGGCUAAGCUGGCUUGAACAUGUAAUUUUAUAAAUAACGAACUUCACAAAUUUGUAAGCUUGAGAGAUAUUUUUGUUUUGUUUGUUAAGUCUAUCAGUUAUCACUUCACCGGUUAGUUCUAAUAAAAUUAAAUAUAUAUUAAUUUAAGUGUUAAUACUUCGAAAGCCACCAAACUUACCAAAAUGAUUUUGUUCUUGCACCAUGCAGCAUUUCCCGAUGUUGUUGAAACAAUAAGCAAAUGCAGUUUAGCGACUUUAUACCUUUUAAUAACACAUCGUCGGAAACGAUGGUUUUGGGUAAACUUUUGGGGUUGUUUACUAUUACAAAAAUAUUGCAUAAAAUAAAUUUGCUAUGGUAAAUUCAUCACAGUAGUUAAUAGAAGAAAACCUACAAGGAGUGAAUGUAAACAGGAAGUGGCAUUAACUGUAAAUUGAUUAAAAGUAAAUUGUAAUAAUUGAAUGAAACUUGACAAUUUCACUAAAUGGUCGAUAUUAGGACAACUGACCCUACCAAUUUAAGUAAGCCUACAUAGUAGCGAUUAUUGUAGGUACCUACCUACUAUUUUCACUAUUUUUAAUACUUAUUGUUUUCAGCGACAGCGAACUGAAAUUUAUGUAAGGUACUUGUAAGAAAUAUUUAAUCAUUGUAUUACGUAAGUGGGACACCUUUAAUUAACUUGUGUAAUGUACUACCGGUCAUUUCUGUUUUUACAUAUGCUACUAUAUUUUAUUUAUUCAACCAACAACAAAUAGGUACAUAUAUUAACAAUUGAAUCUAAGGAUUAACAGUAGGUACGUAUAUUAAAUUUAAAUGCUAUUUAUGUUAUUAAUUAAAUAAACGAGUAGACUUAAUGUUUGUGUUGUUUACCUAAUAUAAUCUAUCUGAUGUUACAUAAGACUAGUUUCAAGAAUUACUUGAAUUUAAUGUAUUUAAAAUAUGUUGCUUUAAAAGAUAUUUUAUUUAAUACACUUAAGCUUUUUAUUAUAAAUAGUAUAUACAAUAAGUAGCUUACAACAGACGUUAGCUAUUAAGUUGAUUUAUGAUUAUUUACCACAUACCUUGUCAGGUUACCUUGAGUUACCUAAAUAAAAGUUAGCAAAUACAUACAUACAUACUACAUAGCGAACUCAAUCACUACAAUAACAAAAUAAUAAAAUGUAUUACUCACUUACUAUUUGGUAUUUUUUGUUUCAACUGGCGUAUAAACAUUGUUAGCUUAAUUUAACAACUACAGAAAACUGGCUACUGAAGGCCAAAGAUCAAUAUGGCAUCACCUGGAGGAGGCCCUCACCGCAAAAGAUUCUUAUUUUAAAUAAAAGCAAUUAAAAAAAACAUUGAAAAAUAACACACGUAAAAAAUUAAAUUUUUUUAUUUAUUUAACAACUACAGAAAGUAUCAAAGUGGCCACCCAUCUCCCUAGGUCUAAUCUGAAAUUGGAAUUCGUAUGAACUAGAGAAUCAUAAUAUAAAAAUACCGGCCAUAUAGUGUACCUAGGUUUCCGUACAUUAUAUUAGUAUUUCAUACUUUUUAAUGCACAAUAAUACUGUUAGCGAUACCCAAUACUUGAACUUGAAAUAGCCGAGAAAAAAGGAAGGAACCCCAAAGUUUGUUUUGUUUUUAAUUUUAUUUUUAUCACUCUAAAGACGUUAUUAAUGUGUAUGUAUAUUGUAUUUCUACUAUCGGAAAACGGUUUAGCUUUGGAUUUAGCAGUAACUUGUACAGGCAGUUAUCUAUCUGUGAAUGGAUGGUUGCUAGGCAACGGCUUCUGGACAAGCUGGUUUGGAUACCCUCUGUAUCAUCGAUUUUAUCUUGUGUUGUGUAAUAACGUUACACACAAGAAGGCUUAUACUGUUUAGUUCCUUCAUCCAAAACAAUACCGUCUUCGGGAGUAGAACGACUAUCCUACUCUGCGUAGGUAUAUAUAUAUAUCUGUUAAUAUGCAUAAUAUUAGGAUAAAAGUAAAUUGUUCUACCUAUUUUUUCUUCAGUUCGCUGUCCGUCUAUCACAGAAGUUAAAGGUUUCGAGCAGUGGCGUAGCGUGCCUUGGAGGGGCCCUGUAUCAAAAUUAGUUGCAGGGGCCCAAAUGAAGGGUAAAUAAAUUUGCGUAAAAUAAAUAUGACAGUGACGUAUGAUAUUUCCAACUUUAACACGCACAGGUGCACGCUUAAUCCGGGAAAAACUGUUUUUUUUUUUUUACUUUUGAAAAUACAGUUCUUUGUGAUUUUCCCCGGGGAACACCAAAUUAAGUAAUUUUGUGGACUACAUUUUGCUAAUUUAUGCUUUCACACGUAAGGGGCCCCUGUAGUCCGGGGGCUCCGUAUCAUUGAUAUGGCUGAUACGGUAGCUACGCCCCUGGUUUUAGAAUUUUGUAAGAACGUUCUAACUACAAGGACAAUGUAAACUUCUUUGGUAGAGCAGCAUUAACACUUUUCAUUAGUCAACUCUAUCUCAAUGUAAAUAAUUAUCUAGUACCUACUUAGGUAAUUAUUUGUUAUUCGCCUACUUUAAUACAUACUAUUAUAAAUUAUAAUAAUAUUCACUUUUAAUAUAAUUGAUUAUUAAUAAACGAAGUUGAAAUCGAA